CUAAAACUUCACAAACAGAUCAUAAAAGUGGACGAGUGUCUGUGCGGCUAUAUGCGCCGCCCUAUACAACCUUUCCCAAUAAAUUUUGAAAUUUCUUCUCUACUCCGUAUUUGCUAAUCUUUUACGGCGUCGUGUUUCUCAAUAGAUUUCGGAAUUCACUUUAACAAUAACGCUUCAUCGAUUCUCAUACGGCGUCGUGUUUCUUCUCCAUUUGCUAAUCUCUUAACCGUUUUUCUGGCCUCGAAUUUUAGACUAAAAUUUCGAUUUCCAAUGUAUAUAAUUUGAUCUGGUAUUAUUUUUGUUCAGUUCUUGAUUUUUGGAUGAGAGUUGUGGAAUUAGGUUAUCUUUUUGUAUACCUCCGAUUCUACCAUUAUAUCCGCUUUUACAAUCACCAGUUCGAGACUAAGUUAGUUGGUGGUCUGCUCGGGAUAAGGCCAGUCUUCCAGCUUAUAAGAAGUUAUUAACAUCUGGAAGUGAAUUGAAUGCUUUGUAGCAGGAUCAUCAUCUUAUGCCGCUAGCAUCUGGAAUUAAAUUGAAUGCUCUGUUCUGGGAUUAUCAUCUUAUGACGCUUUUGAACUCCAGGAGCAAAAUUUGUUUCUGAAAUGGAAGCGGCUGGCUCUUUGCAACUUCCGCAUUAUCUGGGAGUUCGAAAGAACCAGAUUCCCUAUCAACGGUGGCCGAAUGAGAUUGGGGGGAGCAGGUUGCGAAGCUCUAGCAGUAGACUGCCACCAUUUCCUAUUAAGCAGGAUUAUUGGAGUCUUCAUCUUUCAAAGGCUUUACAAGCAGAGAGAAAUGUUAUUUUGUAUAGAAACAAUAGGUUUCGGUGUAGUUCUUCCUUAAGACCAGGACAGCCUGUUGACACUACGUCUAUAAAGAAUGCUGUUAUAUGUGUUACAAGAUCAUACAAUUGGUUACAAAGCUGCCCUCUUAUCCUCAAGUUGAUACCAGCUGUUGGAGUUAUUGCCUUUGGGCUAUGGGGUUUGGGACCAAUGUUGCGCCAAAGUAGAAACUUAUUCCUCCGUAAAAGUGAUAGUAGUUGGAGCAAGAGUAGCACAUAUCAUGUUAUGGCCUAUUAUCUUCAACCUAUGGUGCUGUGGACUGGAGUGAUGCUUGUCUGCAGAGUAGUGGAUCCCAUGGUUCUUCCAACAGAAGCUAGUCAAAUUGUAAAAGAACGGCUUCUAAAUUUUGUGAGAUCGUUGUCAACAGUGUUGGCAUUUGCUUAUUGUUUAUCAAGUGUAUUACAACAGUCACAGAAGUUUUUCAUGGAGACAAAUGACACCUCCGAUACCAGAAAUAUGGGCUUCCAGUUUGCUGGAAAAGCUGUAUAUACUGCUGUGUGGGUUGCUGCAGUGUCAUUGUUCAUGGAGUUGCUAGGUUUCUCUACUCAGAAGUGGUUAACUGCUGGAGGACUUGGGACUGUUUUGCUAACUCUUGCUGGUCGUGAGAUCUUCACAAAUUUCCUGUCAAGUAUAAUGAUACAUGCAACCCGACCUUUUGUAUUGAAUGAAUGGAUUCAAACAAAGAUUGAAGGUUAUGAAGUUUCUGGAACUGUCGAGCAUGUGGGUUGGUGGUCACCAACAAUUAUAAGAGGUGAAGAUCGUGAAGCUGUUCAUAUACCAAACCACAAGUUUACCGUUAAUGUUGUGAGAAAUCUCACCCAGAAAACUCAUUGGCGGAUAAAGACUCACCUUGCGAUCAGUCAUUUGGAUGUCAGUAAGAUUAAUAACAUUGUAGCUGAUAUGCGGAAAGUUUUAUCAAAGAAUCCUCAAGUAGAACAAAAGAAGUUGCACAAAAGAGUGUUCCUAGAUGAUAUUAAUCCUGAUAACCAAGCUCUCUCGAUCCUGAUAUCUUGCUUUGUGAAGACCUCACAUUUUGAAGAGUAUCUCUGUGUCAAGGAAGCUAUAUUGCUGGAUCUUCUGAGAGUAAUACGGCACCACCGAGCCAGAUUAGCCACCCCAAUCCGAACUGUUCAGAAGAUAUACAGUGAUGCAGAUCUGGACAACAUACCCUUUGCAGCAGACCCAACAUUCAACCGUGGGGCUGCCUCAACCCGCCCAUUGCUGCUCAUUGAGCCAACAAAAGUCAGAUCAGUGCGUGAGGAAGAUCACCCCAAGGGGGAGCGCAGUCCAACCCCACCUGAGAGCAAAGCUGUAGAACCUAAAGUGAAUGCCAUGUCACCAACACCUGACUCAACAAAAUUUGAGACAAAGGUUGGACAAGUUAAAACAUCCUCAAAACCGGUCUCCUCUAAAUCUGACCACAAUUCUUCAACAAAGCCACCGCUGCCACCACCACCACCACCAUCAUCAAAGCCUGGCAUGGAAGAGAACAUAGUACUUGGUGUUGCUCUUGAAGGUUCAAAGAGAACCCUUCCUAUCGAAGAAGGUAUGGAAGCACGAACAGAAGAAGUCAAGGAAUUGUCCAUGUCUCGUAGUAGUAGUAGUGGUAUUAAUGGUUCAGCAGUGUCUUCUGAAAAGGAUAAACAACAGAGUCAGCGUUCUUCAAGUACUGCUGAUCAGUUGGGUGGUCAGCUGGAAUGAUUUUAACGUACUGACCUGCAACUCCAGGUCAAUAGCUUUAUGACCAUUUUUGUGAACUAUUUUGAACAUCACAAGCUAAUGGUACUGACAUUCUUUUAGCAUCAUGUGGUUUAUUGUUUUCUUAGUUAAGUGGACAUGUUAUAAUUUAUGACAAUAUGACAUGCUUUCACAAUCCGGUUUCUCACAACAAAGAAGCUUGCCCGUAGCAUUUGUAGAAGACUGAUUUAACGCCAUAUUCUAAGGCUAUUUCUGUCCUCCAUUUGUUAUUAUUUAUUCUGAUUCUAGUCAUAUAAAAAG